CUCACGGCCUCCACGAGCGGCUUCCGGUCGUACCGGAAGUGACGUCCGGAGGCCGGUGCCCGCGCGACUCUAGAGGGCGAGGUGACCCAGGGACGCCGCCGCGAUGGGCCGCGAGUUCGGGAACCUGACUCGGAUGCGGCAUGUCAUCACCUACAGCCUGUCCCCCUUCGAGCAGCGCGCCUUCCCCAACUACUUCUCCAAGGGGGUCCCCAACGUGCUGCGCCGCAUCCAGGCGUCCGCCCUCCGCGUGGCGCCGCCAUUCGUAGUGUUUUAUCUUGUCUACACAUGGGGGAUGGAGGAGUUCGAGAAAUCCAAGAGGAAGAAUCCAGCUGUCUAUGAAAAUGACAAAUGAGCCCCUCAUCUGGAUGAUGGCUCCCUGUCCCUGAAAUCUGGAAGGUUCUUCUCUGGGAGAGGAGUCUGCGCUGUAGUGUCUUGAAGACACAAUAAACUUGUAUGGGCAGCACUGUUGUGAUCUUA